UACGACAGUUUAGGCUUGGCCACGAGUUGCUCCCCCUGGGGAUACUGACGGCGGAGUUAAAGUCUUGUCAGUGUGUUAGUGACCACCGGAGAUUGUAGUUAUCAGAGCAAAAGUCUUCAGUGGAUAGAAAUACUACAACAUAAUACAACAUUACAGGUGAGCAUGAGUGAGAGCGACGACAGCACGACGGGUCACCCACUACCGGAGGAGGAUGUGGAAACUCUUACUGUGACGCACCUUCCCCCCUCCUCCUCCUCCUCCUCCUCCUCCUCCUCCACGACAACCACCCCUUCUCCUCCUCCUCCUCCAGCCGCCACGCCCUCACUCCCUAAACGCUUACUAGCCGCUCUCGACAGUUUAAGGGAGGGUGAGAGUGACGGGGCGUGGUGGUGUGUGUGGUGGAUGUUCGUGGUGGCAGCAGUCGUCUCCAGGCUUCAUUAUAUCACGGUUCCCUACAAGGUGGUGUGGGACGAGGCUCACUUCGGUAAGAUGGUGGGCUGGUACAUGAACAGAACCUUCUUCAUGGACGUUCACCCGGCAGGAGGCAAGCUGCUGUUGACACUCUUCGGCUACCUGGGAGGAUAUAAUGGCACUCAUUCCUUCGUCGCCCCUAAUACACCUUAUGACGGCUAUCAUGGAAUAAUGCCCAUGAGAGUGGGGUGCGCCAUACUGGGUGCUGGGAUGGUGCCACUGGGGUUCCACACUGUCUGGACACUCACACGGUCUCUCCCCGCCUCCACCUUCGCCGCCGCCCUCAUCACCUUCGAGGUGGGAACGAUCACACUCAGUAAGUUCAUCCUGCUCGAUCCUCCGCUGUUCUUCUUCAUCAUGGCCUCCUUCCACGGCCUCUGUCUCAUGCACAGCGUCGCCGACAGGCCGUUCUCGAGAGCGUGGUGGGGGUCAUACCUGUACACGGGCACGAUGCUUGGGUGCGUGAUAUCCGUCAAGUUUGUGGGUCUCUUCGUGGUGCUGGUGGUGGGCUGGUACACCGCCCUCGACCUCUGGGCCAAACUGGGCGAACUACACCGUCCUCUGGUGAGCGUGGUACAGCACUUCCUAGCGCGGUUUGUCUGUCUCAUCAUCCUGCCUGCCUGUAUCUAUAUCACCGUCUUCUUCAUCCACGACACACUCCUAGACAGCGCGGUGAAUCUCUUUGCUGUCGAGGAGGCUCACUUCAGCCCGGGGUUCCAAAUGACGCUUAGAAACAGCAGUCUGAACAACAUCACCCAGCCAAGUGAGGUGGCGUACGGGAAUGUGGUGACCCUGAGGAACGACAACCUGGCGGGGAUCUACCUACACAGCCACAACUUCACCUACCCUCAGAUAAGAGUGGGCAAGAACAAGCAGCAGGUGACAGGGUUCAGAGCUAAGGAUGUCAACAACUAUUUCAAGGUCCUGUUACCUGAAGAAGACCCAGAGAUGGAGAAUGGUUAUUACGCCGGGAUGCCUGAAUUCUUAGGUCAUGGGGAUUGGGUUCGCCUCUACCACCCCACCACCAAGACACUCAUCUCCUGCGGCAAGAACAAGUCAUUGGUCACCAAGAAACACCAACUUGUCUACGCCAAACCUUAUAACCUGACGGUGCAGGAGGAAGGAGCCUUAAUUAAAGACGCCUUCAACUUGGAGACCAAACCCACCAUGUCUAGCGCUGAGGUGACCCCAUGGCAGCUGUGGGCGGUUCACGUGGAAGGUGGUAAACCAGGUGAUGUAGUUCGAACCCUGGAUUCCAAGGUCAAAUUUCUAUGCGUUGCUCAUCAGUGUGCUCUUACUUGGUCCAGAGGCACGUUACCUAUGCGCUGGGGUGGAGGUCAAGCGGAGGUCACCUGUUCUAACAACCUUCAGGACCCGUAUACCAAUUGGAUGGUUGAACAAAACUUUAACCCUUACCUGAAGAACAAUACCUACGAGCACCUAAAGAGCGGAUUCGUCUCGCGGUUCCUGGAGACUCACCGGGUCAUGACAUGGGUCAACUCAAGGCUUAAACCGAUGGGACAGGACUUAUAUGACUCACACCGUCCGUGGAUGUGGCCUCUAUGCUUCAAGUCUCAGGUAUGGUUCGACGUCAAUUUCCGCAUCGUGUUGUUGGGUAACCCCCUCAUCUUCUGGGUCAACCUGGCCUUCCUACUGGUGGCCCCUGGUCUACUGGUCUAUCACCACUACAAGAUGAAACGAGGUCUUCCCCACAACCCCAAGCUAGCAGAGAGAAAGGAGAGGAUGAUCUUCGCCGUCAAGUGGCUCCUACUGGCCUACUCACUCCACUACCUCCCCUUCUACACCAUGGACCGCAUCCUCUACUACCACCACUACUUCCCCGCCCUCCAGUUCUCAUCCAUGCUCACAGCGGUGGUGUUUGGGUACGCCCUUGAGUGUCUUGACACCUGGUUACCCCGUGUCAAAGCUAACGUCGCCUUCCACUGGGCCUCCGGCGUGUUCCUUGGUAUCCUCGCCUACAGCUUCCACCUGUACUGUUAUGUGGGCUACGGUCACCCGACAGACGGUGAAUUCAACCCCGAUAACUCAACCUUCAAGGACAUCCGCUUCUUUGACGAGUGGGAGAUCUAAGGGUGGAUGUUACACCACCCCUUAACCCUUACCUUCCGUUAGUGGGUGUGUGGAGAUCUAAGGGUGAAUGUUUACGAUAUACCCUUUAACUCCUUCAACCACCGUCCCUUAGUGGGUGUGUGGAGAUCUAAGGGUGAAUGUUUACGAUAUACCCUUUAACUCCUUCAACCACCGUCCCUCAGUGGGUGUGUAUGUUAAUGGUAUUUCAAACAAAGGGUAAAUGCUUAUGUUCUCGUGUCUGUCUGCCGCUGUACCCCCUUGUUGUACCUGUAUUCCUAACUGUACCUUGACUUAUAAAGUUUCUUUGUACUCGUAUCUGUAUUAUUUCUGUACCUGUAUCAGUACCUGUAUGUAACAUUUCUAUUCUGUAUUUGUCACCUGUACUGUUGGCUUUUGAACUAUUAAAGUGAAAAAAAUAUGA